AUGUCGGUCAGCUCAGCUAGACUCUUGAAACUAGCGCUGCCGCUUGUGCGAACCCAUGGCUUUACACGCGAAGCAUUGGCGCGUUCAGUUCUCGAGCUUCCAGCCGCUGAGGCUCAUUCAGAACCGCUUUCAGAAACGGCAGUAUCGGCACUAUUUGGAGAGGGAGACGAUGCUAGGAGGACACUCAUAAACUCUUGGUUGACGGAGGGAAUUCGACAUAUGCAGACAGCAGAGUCACCAACGCUGAACGCGGUCCUGCGCAAGCGAUUGGAAUACAACGAACCUGUACUGGAUCGGUUACCAGAGGUGCCCAUCUCAUAUACUGGUCCAAGAGCCUUUGCCGUUCUCGCAACACCUUCCACUGGAAUCCAUUUCAUUGACCCUAAACCGGCUCUGCAACACGCGUCAAGGAUUGCCGACGAAGCCUGCUAUGCUAUUGGAGACAAGUCAUUACACCUCUCAUGGUACUCCAAACGUGCGUCAAUAGCAGCAGUCUACACAGCAGCAGAACUGCACCAACUCGUAUCCCCGAACACCGCCUACUCAUUCCUCGACGAUCUCCUGCACAAAUCCUCCAAAGUCUCCAACGCACUGGACGAAACCUCGUUGUUCUCUUCAUACGUUUUCAGAAGUUGGAAGGGUAUUAUCAAGAGUUCCGAAAUGGUAACGCAAAUGAUACGGCGCUCAAACCUUGGCCCUUGCUUCUCAACCAUGACGACCCCACCCGCAGACCUCCCCUUCACUCCCAACUUUGGAUUCAAACACUCUGUCAUCCUCCCAGCAUCUCUCAAAGACACCUUCACCUUCCUUGGAACAGACGCCGCGCACGUCCAAGUCUGCAAACUCUCAUCACUCGCCAGCCUCGCCGAGCUGGACGAGAAAGACACGGUAGCAAUUCCGACAGGAAAGGCACUGUCCGAAAUAAGCGCAAUGAACCUCCCGAAGGCAUCAGGCACGGAACAGGACGUCCUCCUCGCCCAUCGUCGGCAUUUCAGGUUGGAGGAAACCGUGCCUGUCCUCUUUGGGCUCGUCAAAAGUGUAGUCAAAUUGGAGGGGACUUUGACGUGGUUUGAUUUGAAGGAGACGGGCGAGGAAGACGCCGGCCCUGUGUACGCCUUGUACGAAACCAAGAACUCCGAAACGGGAAUCCGGACGUGGAAGAUUCGUAAAUUCGAGCAAGUGGUGGACAAAGAUGGUGGGACACCAAAGACCAAACUCUCAGAAGAAGUCAUAGGUGGAGCACCAUUCUAUCUCAAAUACAUCAGCCAGUCUAUGGGUCAGAAAGCGCAUUUGUACGUGUGUUCUCUCGUCCAAUGUCAUCUUUACACUUUUCGAGCUCUGAUCACCGCGUCUCUACCGUCUCUCUCCCUUGCUAUUAUCCAGCGAACACAUGGAAAGCUACCGUACACUCUUUCAAUGAUGAUCUAG